CACGCCGGGCCGGCGAUGAGCGCGAGGAGCCGACAUGAGCGCAGGCGCCCGCCCCCAGGCCCUGGAGGAGAGCAGAGGCCGCAGCUGUCCCCUUCUGCAGAUGAGGGAGGGGAGGAAAGGAGACUCUGCCCCGGCCAGCGGGCCCCCACCUCAUACAGCAGCCCCCUCGUGGGCAGCACGCCCACCGGCUAUGGGACCCUGACGAUAGAGACAUCAAUAGAUCCCCCCAGCUCCUCAGCUUCAUCCGUGAGGCUCAGCGGCUACUGUGGCAGUCCAUGGAGAGUCAUCGGCUAUCACGCCGUGGUCUGGAUGCUGGCCGGGAUCCCUUUGCUGCUCUUCCGCUGGAAGCCCUUGUGGGGGGUGCGCCUGCGCUUCCAGCCCUGCAACCUGGCCCGCGCCGAAACACUCGUCAUCGAAAUAAGAGACAAAGAGGAUAGCUCGCGGCAGCUCUUCACUGUCCAGGUGCAGACUGAGGCCAUCCGGGAGGGCAGCCUGGAGCUGCCCCCACAGGCCCAGGCAGAGGAUGGCCGGAGCCAGGUGGCUGUGGGGGCAGCCCCAGACGGCAUGUGGAAGGACACCGCCCCGCUCCACAGGCGGCAAGAAGCGACGCAGGUGCUGCGGUACUACGUGUUCCAGGGCCAGCGCUACGUCUGGAUGGAGACCCAGCAAGCCUUCUACCAAGUCAGCCUGCUGGACCAUGGCCGCACCUGUGACGACAUUCACUGCUCCCGCUCUGGCCUCAGCCCCCAGGAGCAGACCAUGAGGAAGACCAUGUACGGCCCCAAUGUGAUCAGCAUACCCGUCAAGUCCUACCCACAGCUGCUGGUGGAGGAGGCGCUGAACCCCUACUACGGGUUCCAGGCCUUCAGCAUCGCGCUGUGGCUGGCUGACCACUACUACUGGUACGCGCUGUGCAUCUUCCUCGUGUCCACUGUGUCCAUCUGCCUGUCCCUGUAUAAGACCAGGAAGCAAAGCCAGACCCUGAGGGACAUGGUCAAGCUGUCCGUGCGGGUGCGCGUGUGUCGGCCUGGAGGAGAGGAGGAGUGGGUGGACUCCAGCCAGCUGGUGCCCGGAGACUGCCUGAUGCUGCCCCCCGAGGGCGGGCUGGUGCCCUGUGACGCCGCCCUGGUCGCCGGCGAGUGCGUGGUCAACGAGAGCUCCCUGACAGGGGAGAGCGUGCCAGUGCUGAAAACAGCCCUGCCCGAGGGACCCAGGCCCUACUGCCCGGAGGUGCAUCGGCGGCACACACUCUUCUGUGGGACCCUCGUCUUGCAGGCCCGGGCCUACGUGGGACCCCAGGUCCUGGCGGUGGUGACCCGGACAGGGUUCUGCACGGCUAAAGGGGGCCUGGUGAGCUCCAUCUUGCACCCGCGGCCCAUCAAGUUCAAGUUCUAUAAGCACAGCAUGAAGUUUGUGACUGCCCUCUCUGUCCUGGCUCUGCUCGGCACCGCCUACAGCAUCUUCGUCCUCCACCGCAACCGGGUGCCUGUGAGCGAGAUUGUGAUCCGAGCCCUGGACCUGGUGACGGUGGUAGUGCCACCCGCCCUGCCAGCCGCCAUGACCGUGUGCACACUCUAUGCCCAGAGCCGGCUGCGGGCACAGGGCAUCUUCUGCAUCCACCCGCUGCGCAUCAACCUGGGGGGCAAGCUGCAGCUGGUGUGCUUCGACAAGACAGGCACCCUCACUGAAGACGGCCUGGACGUGAUGGGGGUGGUGCCCCUGAAGGAGCGGGCCUUCCUGCCGCUGGUGCCCGAGCCCCACCGCCUGCCCGUGGGGCCCCUGCUCCGGGCACUGGCCACCUGCCACGCCCUCAGCCAAGUCCAGGGCACCCCAGUGGGUGACCCCAUGGACCUCAAGAUGGUGGAGUCUACCGGCUGGGUUCUGGAGGAGGGGCCAACAGCAGACUCGGCACUUGGGACUCAGGUCUUGGCAGUGAUGAGACCCCCACCUCGGGAUUCCCAGCUGCAGGGACCGGAGGAGCCUCCGGUGCCAGUGAGCAUCCUCUGCCGCUUCCCCUUCUCCUCUGCUCUGCAGCGCAUGGACGUGGUGGUGGCCUGGCCUGGGGCCACUCAGCCCGAGGCCUAUGUCAAAGGCUCCCCAGAGCUAGUGGCAGGCCUCUGCAGCCCUGAGACGGUGCCCUCUGACUUCACCCAGAUGCUGCAGAGCUACACAGCUGCUGGCUACCGCGUUGUGGCCCUGGCCAGCAAGCCACUGCCCAUCGCACCCCGCCUGGAGGCCGCCCAGCAGCUGACGAGGGACACUGUGGAGCAGGAGUUGAGUCUCUUGGGGCUGCUGGUCAUGAGGAACCUGCUGAAGCCACAGACGACACCGGUUAUCCAGGCUCUGCGGAGGACGCAGAUCCGCACCGUCAUGGUGACAGGGGAUAACCUGCAGACGGCAGUCACUGUGGCCCGGAGCUGUGGCAUGGUGGGCCCCCAGGAGCACCUGGUCAUCAUCCACGCCACCCACCCCGAGCGGGGACAGCCGGCCUCCCUCCAGUUCCUGCCCGUGGAGUCCUCGGCAGCCAUGAACGGGGCUACGGAUCCUGUCCAGGCUACGAGCUGCACCGUGGAACCAGAGCCCCGGCGCAGCCACCUGGCCCUCGGCGGGUCCACCUUUGGCGUCCUCAGGAAGCACUUCCCGGAGCUGCUGCCCAAGGUCCUGGUGCAGGGCACCGUCUUUGCCCGCAUGGCCCCCGAGCAGAAGACGGAGCUGGUGUGCGAGCUGCAGAGGCUUCAGUACCGCGUGGGCAUGUGCGGAGACGGCGCCAAUGACUGCGGGGCGCUGAAGGCAGCCGACGUGGGCAUCUCACUGUCCCAGGCCGAGGCCUCGGUAGUGUCGCCCUUCACCUCGAGUGUGGCCAGUAUCGAGUGUGUGCCCAUGGUCAUCAGGGAAGGCCGCUGUUCCCUGGACACUUCGUUCAGCGUCUUCAAGUACAUGGCCCUGUACAGCCUGACGCAGUUCAUCUCGGUCCUGAUCCUCUACACAAUCAACACCAACCUGGGUGACGUGCAGUUCCUGGCCAUCGACCUGGUCAUCACCACCACCAUCGCGGUGCUCAUGAGCCGCACGGGGCCGGCGCUGACGCUGGGCCGGGUGCGGCCGCCAGGGGCGCUGCUCAGCGUGCCCGUGCUGAGCAGCCUGCUGCUGCAGGUGGCCCUGGUGGCUGGUGUGCAGCUGGGGGGCUACUUCCUGGCCGUGGCCCAGCCUUGGUUCGUGCCUCUGAACAGGACGUUGCCCGCGCCCGACAACCUGCCCAACUAUGAGAACACCGUGGUCUUCUCCCUGUCCGGCUUCCAGUACCUCAUCCUGGCCGCGGCCGUGUCCAAGGGGGCGCCCUUCCGCCGGCCGCUCUACACCAACGUGCCCUUCCUGGUGGCCCUGGCGUUCUUGGGCUCUGUCCUGGUGGGCCUCAUCCUGGUCCCCGGCCUCCUGCAGGGGCCACUAGGACUGAGGAACAUCGAGGACACCUGCUUCAAGCUGCUGCUGUUGGGUCUGGUCGCCUGCAACCUCGUGGGAGCCUUCAUGCUGGAGAGCGUGCUAGACCAGUGCCUCCCACCCUGUCUGCGGCGGCUCCGACCCAAACGGGCCUCCAGGAAGCGCUUCAAGCAGCUGGAGCGGGAGCUGGCUGAGCAGCCCUGGCCGCCACGGGCCGCUGGCGCCGUGAGGUAGUGCAGGCUGCGGGCGCGCUGGACACUGGACACUGGACACUGGACUUCCCUGCCUCUGAGCCACCGACUGGACCCGUCUCUAGAGAUGCCACCGCCAUCGCCUCCCACAGCCCUGAGGCUGGCCGUUUCCACACUCCUGUCCCAGACAGCCUGGCCCACCUCCUGCCCCUCCCCGGAAGUGCUGACUGUUGUCCCCCCACUUCUGACCGUGCAGCCACCAACUCCAUCUGGACCUGCUGUCAGUUUAGCCAAUAAAGUCAUGAUAUUUUCCUGG